AUGGGUGGCUAUGGAGGUGGCGGUAUGGGUGGUUAUGGAGGCGGUAUGGGUGGUUACGAAGGCAGUAUUGGUGGUUACGGAGGCGGUAUGGGUGGUUACGGAGGUGGUGGUAUGGGAGGUUACGGAGGUGGCAGUAUGGGUUGUUACGGAGGUGGCGGUAAGGGUGGUUACGGUUGUGGCGGUAUGGGUGGUUAUGGCGGAUGUGGAUCUGGCGGUUAUGGAUCUGGUGGUUAUGGAUCUGGCAGUUAUGGCAGAAAGAAACGAGUUUAUGAGGGACAAAAAGAUGGAAAUUACAACGACUGA